AUGGCCGAAGUGUCCGGCUCAGCCUAUACCCAGCUUCCUCAGACCGUCCAGGGCCGAAUCAACAACCUGUCGGGCUCGGCAUUUAGCAUCCAACAGCUGCUGUUUGAUCACAGUAACGCGGGUUUGUCCAGCGCCCCCCGGAUCGAUAGCGUUGAACCAGGGUCAGUCCUGGAAACCAUCCUCAAUCGAUUCUUUGUGUCCAAAUACGUCGCGAAACUGCGCGACAUGAGCGAGUCAAUGUUGGGGUGUGCCGUUGCCCCACGACAGAAGGGCAAUUCUACGAAGACUCUCACGGACCUGAACUUCUCUGUCAAACCAAGCCGGAUCACUCAAAAUCAAGUACAAAACGUCUGGGUGCGGUAUUACGCUAAAGCCAUCUCAACAUCGAAUGACGAUGUUCUCGUGGAUGACCUUCAGACAGACACUUAUCCUAUCACCGUUAUUAAGGGUGAGCUUAUUAUAGGAGAAGCAACGGAAAAGUUCGAGCAAAGGGCAAAUCACUCCGGUAGGGAUGGCUUUAUCGAUGCCUUUUCAGGAAUCAACAGAGUCACCGAGAGUAUUCAAAGUCAAUUGCAGCAACUGCAAUCUAUCAAACUGGAAACCAUCCCGGUUUCUGCCAUGCAGGGAUUUGUGUUCCCGGGAGGCAACACCUUUGUGUUCAGGAACACCGAGUUUUCUGAGCACCAGGACCUUAUUGCGUUCAUCAAUUAUCUUGAUCCAGUGCACGAGAUCGGACAUUGUGAUUUCGGGUCUCCGUUGGGGCAAGUUGUUUGCAUGGACUCUGCCAGCUCGCCAAAUAUAAAAUUUCGGUUGAUGAACUUUCUUUUCCCAUGUCUUGUGGUGGAAGACCCGUGGCUUCAUUACCUAGCUUCUUCAUAUCCUCCCCGUAUAUUACCGUCAAGGGACCUAUCAAAUGAGAUGUAA